UAAAACUUUUUAAAUGAUUAUCUUUUAAUAAUAAAUUUCAUAAGAAAUUCAAUUAUUUUUGUAUGAAGUUUAAUGAUAAGCGUUCGAAGAGCGCUUUUCACUUAUUGAAAAAAUAACGAUCAACGAAAUACGGUGACAAUAUUUGAAGGAAAGCUCUUGAUCAUACGGACGGAUGGACAUGGUGGACAAAAAUGCAGCAAAGUGCAGCGUGUAUGCCGUUGCUGCAACAUGAUGCAGCAAUCCCAAGCAAAUCCGUAUGUUCAUCGGCAAAUUCUUGUUCACAUUUCGAAUCUUGUAGUACGGAAUUAAACGAAGAGUUGAAUGAAAUGCAAACGGAUAAUUCGAUAAUUACUGAAGUCAUCAACAAAUCCUUAGAGUAUAAAAGAACAAUCAAAUGUUCACAGUCACCUCGUGAAAUUUCUCAAUCGGAUUCCAAGAUUGAAUCUGGCCGAAAUAAAAAAAAGCCUUCAGAUAUUUUUAAAACUGCAUCAACAAAGACUAUGUGCGUACGACAAUGCAUGAACAGAACAAAAAAUUGCGCUAUGAUGAAACGGAGUUUCAUAAAGAAAAGGUCUUGCAAAAUGAAUUACAAAACCGUUUGUCUUGAUCCAUCUAUAUAAUAUUAAGUCUUUCCGGGUAGUGUUCUCUAUAGGCAUUGAUGUCGUACUAGUCAGAAUUA